UUCUGCCCGCCUCCCCUAAUGUCGCUGCUCCAUGCUCUCAUGCUUAAUCACAAGACUGCCUAAGACCUCAGUGUUAUUUUGGAGGGGCUUUGGUGCGUUUUGCGUGCGCGUGAGUGAGGGGACCAUCAGCAGGCAGCACAGGUGGGAAGGAUCUUUUACGACGCUGCGGUAUAGAUGAUUGAACACUUGGAGCACCCACUCAGUGCAAUCAGCCACUGGCGGGUCCUCCUCCUCAGAAUAUUGAGAUUCAGCGCACUUUUGGGGAGGUGAACAACUCAAGGAAAUCAUUUUUUGAAACAGCGUGGAGGAUGUAAUGUUUUCUUUUGCGCACCGGUAAUCGGACUACCACUGGAGCAAAUCAACCUUUUUUCCUCCCACUCGCUCUAGACGGACAUUUCUGUUCUUAAAAGGAAAUAAGGCGCGGAGAAAUGAGCUUCACAGCCCCAUUUGGAUUGUGAGCUGUUUUUAUUUUUCUUAAGUGCCCCCCCCCCCCCCCCCCCCCCCCCUUCUUUCUCCUGUGCGUGCUCUUUCAUGGCAUCGCUGACCAGGUCGGCCAGACGCAAAGACGCCAGUCGCUGGCCGAGGAUGUCGUCAACUUUCUGGGCUUUUGUGCUCCUCACCGCGCUCUUGGUUCUCUACUGCGGCCAGCUGGCGGCGGGGACAUGUGAAAUUGUGACGCUGGACAGGGACAGCAGCCAACCGCGGCGGACCAUCGCCAGGCAGACGGCCCGCUGCGCCUGCAAGAAGGGCCAGAUCGCGGGAACCACGAGAGCCAGACCCGCCUGCGUGGACGCCGCCAUUGUUCGGAAAAAGCAGUGGUGCGAGAUGGUGCCGUGUUUGGAGGACGAAGGCUGCGACCUGUUAGUCAAUAAAUCCGGCUGGACUUGUACGCAGCCCGGAGGCCGAGUCAAGACGACCACGGCUGCCUGCUUUGAGGACAUCGGCGCCAUCAGAUUAACCGUAGCGGUUUCGAGAGCCCUUUCUCCGUCAUCUGCAUCUCAGUGUCUCCGCGGAACCAGCUCAAGCCGGUCCCCACGGAAUCCCUCCACGGCAGAGGUUCUGGGGGGAGCCAAGUCAGCACACCUCGCCCUCCAUUUCGGGGAAUCGGGGAAGACGAUGUCAGUGUUGUUAGUAAGGGGGCGAGAGGGAGAGGCACGAAGAAUGGGAAAAAAAAGCCGCGACUCCUCACGUUCUUCAGACAGAAAGCGUUUGGGAUCGAUGUACUAAACGGGGAGUACCGCUCGAGUAGAGCUAGCGUUUCCAACCCGCAUCGCCGACCAGGGUGCGUUCGGGCCAUUCAAAUUUGAUCAAAACAGAUGGUGGAUUUCAUAAAGCGGGAAGCGACAGACGAAGCGACAGACACGGUCACGAAACCCGCGUUACGUCAAAAUAUCGGGUGGUCAAAUUAUCGAUCGCGAGCAAAGCAAGUUGACGCGACGCUCGUCGAUACAGGCAGCUCGUAACGCCGAAGAGAGAAGCAGAAGCAUACUUUUCAGUUUCCCUUUGAAAUGCCGGUGAAAAAAGGCGAUGGAUGAAUAAAACCUCAAACGGCAACAGAUAUGCCACCGGACGCCAGAAGUGAACAUCAUCCAGUCCGCGUGAGUAUGAGAGGGACGGACGAAGCGGGACACGCGCCCGUUAUCUUCGAUUUACAAACCUCGCGCGUCGCCAUUGUCUUUUUUUUCGAGCUCGUCAAAAACAUAAUCCACGAUUCCGAACGUAAUAACCAAAUUCAAAUGAUAGCUGUCGCCGCGACGCUCGCUUCACGGCGGGAUCCCACACCACCCGAAGUGAACGGAAACCAAAUCAGCGUUUUGGUCUCUUCUGAGUUAAUUGUUUAAUUCCCUCCCUCUCUCCCUUUUCUCAGCACAAUAACUCCCAUAACCGUUUUUAUUAAACGUGACACUUUGAUAAGCCGGUCUAAUAAUACAGCUACGCUGUCGGAGAAAAAGAAGAACACAACGGCGAUGCCAUUUCUCGUUAUUUUAUCGACUUUGCGGCUUCCGAGUUUGACUCCCCCACGUUCGUUUCAUUCGCGAACGAGAAACGGGAAGCGGCGACGGCGCGACCGAGCACGUCCUCAUCCGUACCUGUGCCCUCUCUCCCCCCCACUCCACCCCCAGGCUCUAUGACGCGACAAGACUCUCCCCCCACACCCCGGCGCUACGGAGCGCACCGACGACCCCCUCGACAGGCACCCGGACACGA